AGAACAAAACCAAAACCGAAACGACUCCCUCAUCCUUUCUUCGUUCGUUUACCCUCCGAAAGAAGAAGAAAAAAAAACCCCCCAAAAUCCCCAAAUUCUCUCCUCUCCCCCAUCAAUCGAUCCCUCCGAAAUCUCUGAGAGAUCCCAGCUCCGAUCUCUCAGUGACCAAACCCUAACCCUAGAACCGCCCAUUUCCCCUCAAAAAACCCUGAUUCCACCCCAAAAAAAAUGAGCAGGGUCAUCGAAUCCGGCCCCUCGACCUCCCUCUCCUCUCAAACCCCCUCCGAAACAUCCUCAACCUCGAUCACCAACACAAUCAACGGAUCUCACGAGUUCAAGAUCACCGGCUACUCUCCGAAGGGGCUCGGCAUCGGAAAGUACAUCGCCUCCGAUUCUUUCAGCGUCGGGGGCUUCGAGUGGGCGAUCUACUUCUACCCAGAUGGCAAGAGCCCCGAGGAUAAUGCGAGCUAUGUGUCGCUGUUCAUCGCGCUGGCGAGCGAGGGGACCGACGUCAGGGCUUUGUUCGAGCUGACGAUGCUGGAUCAGAGCGGGAAGGAGAGGCACAAGAUCCAUACUCAUUUUGGGAGGUUGCUUCAGGACGGGCCGUAUACGCUCAAGUAUCGAGGGAGCAUGUGGGGUUAUAAGCGUUUCUUCAAACGAACUGCCUUGGAGGCUUCAGAUUAUCUCAAGGAUGAUUGUCUGUCAAUUAGUUGUAGUGUUGGUGUUGUUAGAUCACAUACCGAGGGACCCAAGUCUUAUAACAUACCUGUGCCUCCCUCUAACAUUACUCAACAUGUUGGUCAACUUCUAGAAAGUGGAGAGCGAACUGAUGUAUCUUUCAAAGUUGAUGAUGAGAUCUUUGCAGCUCAUAGAUUGGUUCUUGCAGCUCGAUCACCUGUGUUCAGAGCACAACUUUUUGGUCCGAUGAAGGACCGUGACAUGCGAUGCAUAGAGGUUGAAGAUAUGCAGCCUGCGGUUUUCAAGGCUCUACUCCAUUUCAUAUACUGGGAUUGUCUGCCUGAGAUGGAAGACCUUACAGGUGUGGCUUUGACGUUGAUGUCGCAGCAUCUGCUUGCAGGUGCAGACAGAUAUGCACUGGAGAGACUGAAAUUACUCUGUGAGGAAAAGCUGUGUGAGGAUGUCUCUAUUAACACAGUGGCAACUACUUUAGCUUUGGCUGAACAACAUCAUUGUUUUCAGCUUAAGACUGUUUGUCUCAGAUUUAUAGCUUUGCCUGAAAAUCUCAAAGCUGUGAUGCAAACUGAAGGAUUUGAGCAUUUGAAGGUCAGUUGCCCCUCAAUACUGACAGAGCUCUUGCAGUAUGUGGCAAAAGCGGGAGAAUAUUCAGUCAGUACUGGCGCCUGUGUGUUUGAAGAAAUUGAUGGCUGUGAUCUUAAUGGUAGACGGGUAAAGCCCCGGAUUAUAUAGCAUGGGGAAAAAACUAUUUUCUUUCAUUUACUUGUGUAAAUCUGCUCAUUCUUGGGUUUCUGAUGAGUUAUCAGCAUGUUGUAAGUUAUUUCGAAGUGUUGCUUUGAGUUUUGUAGUUACAUUUGUGAUUGGUUUUGUCGUGCAAUAUUUCUAGGAAUUGUGGACUUAUCCAUGGGCUGUUGGUUAGUGUUAUAGUAUGAAAUUGACGGCGAAGUUAAAAAAUAAGCAUUCUCGGGGUU